GCUUCACAUGUUUCACGGAGAGAAUUCUUCGACUGCCAAAGACAUGUCUUUGUCGAUAUCCCCAUGACCCCUGGCAUCACGAGUGAUGGCGCUAUCUUCUGGUCCUGCUGGGGGCCUUGCAGGGGAUCUGCAUCCAUUUCAAAAUCGUUGCUCUCUGCGAGAGGUGGAGUCGAAUGUCGAUCCAGCCAGUUACGAGCACUUCAUUGAGAUGCUCCGCCAGGGCUCUGCUGGCGCGCUGCGUGUGGCCGCCAGCGCAAGGCUGCUGCAGCGGGAGGCACAUAAGACCUCGACCUUUGCCAAGGCUGCGUUAGGUGCUGCUACAUCUAUCCUGGAUCACCCGGAUGGCACCCCCGGCAUGCUGGCCAAGCGAGAGACGCAACGUUAUGCCAUUGCUUGGUGGAACCGCUAUUUCAAAGAUUUGGCCGAAUCCGAGCCCAAGCGCAUCAGAGCACGGAGAAGUAUGGCAGAUGCGAAAGCUCAGAAAGAGGAUCUGGAAUCCAAGCUGGCGCAACUGCAAUCCAUCAACAAAGAUGAGUUCAGGAAACGUUUGUCAGACCAACGGCAAGACCUCAAAGCCAGGGAAGCCGAUUUAAACGCCAACACCCAGUCAAACUUGCAAAUGAAAAUGGAACUUGCAGAGGCGACUGGAAACAAGAUGGAGGCUGCCAAAUACCGCGACAAGUUGGACGACUACUGGGUGAAGCGGGAGAAGGAAGAAGCCAGUCUCCAGGAAAUCAAGGAAGAUCUGGCAAAGCAGCAGACCUUUAUCAAUAAGCUGCCAGGUGAACUGAAAUCCACCGAGUCCAAGGCCAAGAGCGCGGCGAAGCGCUUUGACAAGGCAGUUGAGCGGCUUGGAAAGAUCCGUGGCCACUUGGAUGAGCUCCAGAUGAACUUGCCCUUGAAACCCACGAAUCCCUACGAAAAACUGCCUCGAGCAAACUGCUAUCGUCUUGGUCGAACUCCUGCAGAAGCAUCCAUGGCCUCUCCCGUGGAGUUCUGGAUGCUGACAACUAUGCCCAGGUUCCUUCAGCGUCGCUCUGGAGACUUUCUCUGAGAUGAAAAAUUGCAGAAAAAA